GGCACACGUGUUUGUAAAGUACAUGGAGUGCGUAAAGCGUCAAGUGAAUUCUCUUUUGUAUUUAUUAUAAUUGUAAAUCAGUUUACUUAAAAAAAUAAUUGUUAGGCUUGAGAGUAAUAAAAAAGCGAGUUUCGAAAAAUGGGUAAAACAACGAAAGAUAAACGCGACAUAUAUUAUAGAAAAGCGAAGGAAGAAGGAUAUAGAGCACGAAGUGCUUUCAAACUUCUGCAAAUUGAUGAAAAAUUUCAUAUUUUCGAAGGAGUUACAAAGGCAGUUGAUUUAUGCGCUGCUCCAGGAAGUUGGAGUCAAGUUUUAGCAAAAAAAUUAAAUGAGGCAUACAAAGAAUUGGCUAGUAAAGAAAGCGAUGCUGUCCCGCCAAAAAUAAUCUCGGUUGAUCUCCAAGCCAUGUCUCCUAUCGAAGGUGUCACACAAAUUAAAGGGGACAUCACAAAUGUAUCUGUAGCGGAAGAAAUAAUAUCCCAUUUCGGAAACGAGCAAGCUGACUUGGUAGUUUGUGACGGCGCACCUGAUGUGACUGGACUUCAUGAUAUGGACAUAUUUGUUCAGUCUCAGCUACUCCUAGCUGCUCUGAACAUUACGACCCACAUUCUUAAACCGAUGGGAACAUUUGUGGCAAAAAUUUUCCGAGCAAACGACGUAUCUCUUUUGUAUUCGCAACUGCGAAUUUUUUUCCCUUCGGUGGUGGUCACAAAACCGCCCAGCUCGCGAAAUUCCAGUUUUGAAGCCUUUGUUAUAUGCAAAAAAUAUUCACCGCCAAAAGGCUACAAACCACACAUGAUGAAUCCAUUAUUAACGCAUGAAAAGAUUAAUUAUGAUGAUUUGGAAGGAGUUAACAGGUAUAUUGUCCCCUUCAUGGUUUGUGGAGAUCUCAAUGGACCUGAUUCGGACACAUCUUACCCCUUAGACUCUGCAGGCCCAUCAUUUGAAUAUCGUGAGCCGACUCAAAAUCCAAUUUCACCACCAUAUCAAGAAGCGAUUGCUCUUCUUGAAAAAACGAGGCUUGGAAAAGCAGAUGGAAGUGUCGUGAAGAUGAAUGAAAUGGUUCAUGCAAUAACUGGUAUGAUCAUGGAAAAAAUAAUUGAGAAAGAAGAAGAGGAAGCUAAAGCUAAAGAAGAGGAAGCUGCUGCUGCUGCAGCUGAAGAUACAGAUGAUGAGAAUGCCGAACCAUCAGUAGAGAGAGUAAAAAAAAUGUUGGCAAAAUUGCAUUUUCCGGUAGACAGUAACAGUGCAUUUAGAGAUAUGGAAGAUGAACCUAAGGAAGAUGAAACUAAAGUUAAAAAAGAGGAAACUCCGACAACUUCAGAGGAUAAAAGUAUAGAUGAUUCUAAACUAUCAGUGGAGGAAAUCGAAAAAAUGCAGUUGUUGGAAGAAACUAGAAGUGAAUUGAAAGCUAAAGAGGAUGAAACUAAAGUUGAAGAAGAAAAGACUGCCACAACUUCAGAAGAUAAAAGUGUAGACGAUUCUAAGCCAUCAGUAGAGAAAGUAAAAAAAAUGUUGGAAAAAGUACAGUUGUCGGAAGAAAGUAGCGGUGUAUUUAAAGCUAAGAAAGGUAAAUCUAAAAAAUCUAAAAAAGUAGAAACUGCUACCAUUUCACAAGAUGCAAUUAGAGAUGAUCCCAGAUCAUCGUUGGAGGGAGAAAGAAAAAUGUUGGAAAGAAUGAAAUUGUGGAUAGAAAGUAGCGGUAUAACCGAAAGUUUACUUUAAUUUCUCUAGAUUUUUUAAAUUUUAUAAUCUUAAUAUAUUAAAAUGUAGAUUGUUGUAAGAUUAAUGUACAUGCCUCGGACUCACCACACUUUUGAGACUAUUUGACAUUUUUUUGCUGCUAUUUUGUUAAAAUUACACUAUUUUUCUCACAAUUGUCUGCUAUUGACAUUAUUUCUUUAUUUUUACACUCAAAAACACUUGACUUGAAUAAAAAAAGACGAAUUUAUAAAAAAAUCGU